UCCGUCGGCAGUAACGAUGAGUUUGCCUAGCGGUGUGGACAUGACUGCUGCCCUCAUGUCGCAGCAUCCCGCCGUACUCGGAGGCUUGUCUCCCGCGUUCUUCUUGCAGCGAGCGUCCGAACGGUACCAGCGAACGCCCAAGUGUGCCCGGUGCAGGAACCACGGUGUCGUGUCUGCCCUGAAGGGACAUAAACGUUAUUGUCGUUGGAGAGAUUGUGCCUGUGCAAAAUGUACUUUGAUAGCAGAAAGACAGAGAGUUAUGGCUGCCCAAGUAGCUCUAAGACGGCAACAGGCUCAAGAGGAAAACGAGGCCAGGGAACUUGGAUUGAUAUACCCACCACCGUCAUCAUCAUCUUCUGCUGCUGCUAGAUCAAGUCCAGACGAGAAAAGAGCGCGUCUCAGUUCGGAAGAAUCCAUUACUGCAAAACACGACCAAACGAUCGUAACACAAGAUCAAAACACGCGAAGCCGUUCGUCCAGUGUGUCACCGAACGCCCCUACCCAAGUAACGUCCACACAGUUUGCCGCCAAAUUCAGCAGUCCAACAAGAUCGGAGGUGGAAAGCAAUGAGAGCAGCAACGAAGCCGCCCCGGAAAAUUUGUCGUUGCCCAAACGGAAAGACUCCAGCUCGCCGACCGAACCCGACCGUUCCCGGUUGCCGUCGAACUAUUCAAAUUUCUCCAGUUUUCUGGAUACGAGCGCCGUGGCUGCUGCAGCCGCAGCUGCCGGAGUCAACUCCGCCGGACGGUCGGCCGUCGAUGUGCUCAGGCGCGUUUUCCCAUACAAGAGACGAGGAGACAUCGAAAACGUGCUGCAGAGGUGCAACGGCGACGUAUUACAUGCAAUUGAACUUAUGAUGUGCGCUUCGGAUCAGCUGCCGACCAUGCACCCGACGCUGAUGGACUCGCACUCGGCGUUCUCGCCCAUGUCCGCAGCCGCAGCCACGGUGUGCACUGCCGCAGCCGCGAUGACUUCGUUUCACCAUCAUCACCACCAGCAGCAGCAGCAGCAGCACCAACAACAACAGCAGCAGCAACAGCAGGCGCCGCGUUUCCUCACCGCGCCGAUUCACCACUAUCUGCAACCGCAACUGCACCACCUCACCACCGUUCACCCGCACGCCAUGACGUACCAGUCGCACCACCUGAACCAGGCGGCGACGUCGCCGCGGUCACCGUCACCCGGUUCCGACAAGACGUCGUACUCGGACUGAUGAAAACGCGUCGCAGCGCCGAGUCCGCACCUGCACCCGUCGUCCGCACGCGCGCCCACUCGCGUCCGUAAGUUUAUGCGUCGGCCGACCGCGUCGACCCAUCAGCGCCGACACGCGCGUUGAGCGACGGCAGGCCUGUACGUUUUUAUUUCUAUGUGGAAAAAAAAAAAAAAAAAAAAAAAAAAAAAAAACCAAAAACAACUCGUAAUAAUAAUAUUACAUUAUUAUUUUUCUGGAGUGGAUAUUCGAAGACCACGGUCUCCGGAAAUCUACCUAACCUUCUCCUUCUCCUUCGCAUCUCCGAUCGCCCCUCCUACCUCGUCGACAUCGGCGCGUUCACGACGUGAGCGCGUGCGUAGGUACAAUAUACCGAUAAUUCGUUCGUUUUUUAUUUAACGAUAUAUUUUAUGUAAUUUCGAAAUCACUAUACGCGUCGUACGCGACUUCGGACGCAAAUACUCGGAAAACGUGAUGAAACGGCGAACCGCUGCAGGAAUGAAUGCGAACAAUCUGGGUUGUUCGAGUAGAGGUAUCUCCUAUCGCGUGAAAACAAUCACGUUUUCUGAAUAAUUUAAAUGCGUGCAGAUCUUCCUCGAGUGCCUCGAUAUAUAUUAUGUUACGCAGUAGGUACUUACGUGAUAUUACGCGUUUUGUAAGAUACAUUUUCAAACGAAUGUUAAUACAUUCUUUUAUAAUAAUUACGUGUACCUUGUAUACCCAUAUUGCAUUACACAUAUAUUGGUAUGAUUGCUUUGAAAAAAUCGUUUUUAUAGUUUUAGUGUAAUUAUACACACACACACACACACACACAUAUAUAUAUAUAUAUAUAUAAUGAUGAAGAAAAAAAUAAAAAAUCAACUGAAUGUUUGUCCGUGUACAUAUUAUUAGAAAACCAGUUAUAGCGUUAAAUCGAAACGUAUUUGAAUAAUUUAAAACGUUCGCCAAUCCGUCGAAAGGAUGAUUUUUUCAAACAAUAUGUCGUUAAAUAUUUAUAUAAACAUAGCCGCGAACAAUAUAACAUAUAAUAAUAUUAUGUACAUUCGUGUGUUAUAUUAUUAUAUGCUGUUGCACACAUACACGCUCGCAAUUAAUUGUUCAACUCCACACUGUUGUGCGUCGUGUUAUUGAGUGUGUGUGUGUGUGUGUGUGUGUGUGUGUGUGUGUACCGACGAUGUCAUAAUAAACUGUGUAUUGACAUAUUAUUGUGUGCGCGUAUUACUUGACGUGAACGCGCAAAGUAUGCCAACAUAAAAUAUUGAUAUUAUGCUGACUGUAAAUAAUUACAAAACAAAACUCAAUACGAUUGAUAUUAUAUACA